UUUAUUCAGCAUCACACACACUCAUCUCAUCCCUCGCGAAACGGAUGCUCGUCGACGCGCUUGCGUGCGUAUGUGUGUGUAGGAGUACCGUGACGAGAUUGUUUUCACUCCCAUUUUCUUAUUAUCAUCUCAUAAUAUACCGGAUUUGGAAGACAUCUCCAUCACAAGUGCAUCGAUCGUUGAAUGGAAAGCGGUUUAGUAGAUGCAACUGAGCGCGUGCAUUGGAAUUCUUGAUUGAACGCGAGAGAAGGUUUUUAAAAAUUAAAGUUUGACGUUGGUGAUUUGAAAGAAAAAAAGAAUAUCCAUGGCAGAAAACAAUUUCCCUCCUCUACCACGGUUCAUUCCACUGAAACCAUGUUUUUACCAAGACUUCAACGAGAUCCCAGACCAGUGGCGUUCAAUGUGCAAGCGAAUGUAUUACCUAUGGAUAUUGAAUAGUGCCACUCUGGCAGCAAACCUGAUUGGCUGCCUAGCAUGGAUGUGUGGAGGGGGCGGAGCAACCAAUUUUGGUAUGGCCAUUCUGUGGCUGAUACUGUUCACCCCAUGCUCAUACGUGUGCUGGUUUAGGCCCAUCUACAAGGCCUUCAAGACAGACAGUUCUUUCAACUUCAUGAUGUUCUUUUUCGUCUUCAUGGCGCAGGUGGUGAUUAGUAUCAUCCAGGCCGUUGGAAUCCCAGGAUGGGGAGUUUGUGGCUGGCUGGCCACCAUCACUUUUUUCAGCACUAAUAUUGGCUCUGCCGUCGUUAUGCUGAUCCCCACCAUAAUGUUCACUGUCGUGGCUGUUUUCUCCUUCAUUGCCCUCACCAAGGUUCACAACUUCUACCGUGGCAGCGGAGGCAGCAUGAGCAAGGCUCAGGAAGAAUGGACCACCGGUGCUUGGAAGAACCCUCACGUCCAGCAGGCAGCUCAGCAGGCAGCUAUGGGCGCCGCACAGGGGGCCAUGCCGGGCCAACAACAGUACUCCGCUGCACCAACCUACAACUAUGAUGAUCCAAUGUAGAUCCUUUACAUCCUCAAUGGGGGGAGGGGACAGAAACAGGGUAUUUGGGAGGGAUAAAGUCAGUAAAAGACUAGUUUGGGGCAGGGAGAAAAGAAAAGAUAUAUCUGACCAAUUUGAAUUCAAAUAGGUUCCCACAGUACAACAAUACAUAAGCUUUUUCUUAAACCGUUUUAAAAGUGUGUGAUAGUUUAAGGAGUUGCUUUUGGUAAAUAGGAAAGGAUCAGUCUUGCCAUGGGGUAUUACGGCAGAUUUAAUUAACGGUUGUGUAGUGUUUCUCCACUUAAUGUAUUUUAAACACUAGAUCACAGAUAAGGAAACAUUCCAAAGCUCACUACGUUUCUGUAGGAAAUAGAAACGAUUCUCGGAUGGUUGUCAGAUUCAUCUAUGUGGUAUUUGCAAGCCAGUUAUAUAUUUUGGUUGGCUGUUAGUAUUUAAAAACACAUAGGAGACACAUCUUUACUCUCACGUCUUAAGAAUAAACAUAGGUUUUUAUGCACAGUCACAGACAGAAGAAACGAUCAGCUACCGUAAAUAAAUUGACUGGUAUUUACUUGAUCUCACGGAUGAAAGGGUAUAAAGCUUAUAAACAUUACAUUGUUUCUGUUGAGCACUUUACAUCAAGUGCAAGUACAAAGAGAGCUUGUUUUGUCUUGUCAAGUUGGUUUUCUUUUCUUUGAAGGUACAAAGGAAAGCCAUAUGUUUACGUUGUUUUAGUUGUUGCGUAUUUUCGUUCGCGUUAAAGGUUGUUUUAAUAUGUGUACACUCUUAGAAGAAAUGGUUCUAUUUAGAACCAGAAAUGGUUCCAUCCCCCGCUUCAUAUAUGGAACUCCAA